AUGUCGGGACGAUGUCUGGGGUAUUGUGCAUAUUUGGAGGGCUAUCUUAUUCGCGGUAUCAGUCUUAAAUACGUAUCGAUCUGGCGAAGUGAGGACUGGGUGAAGGAGGACGCGGCAACCGAGAUUUUUCGGAUUGUUAGCAACCAAGACUACAUUGUCACAUUGAAGGAUAGUUGUCAGUGUCAUGUCGAUCUUCACAGCACAUCGCAUUCGCAGUUGGAGGAAAUCGGAACCUGCCGUAAGUAUUCGAUGCUUUCCACACGAUCACUGCUCGGUAGAGUUGUACGACAAAAUGGAGUUUUUCGAUUCAACAGCACCCUUGUUAUAGCAGAGCACGAUGAAACCAAACUUGCACCGAUUACGCUUAAUGCCAUUUCUGCUGCUGGGAAGAUUUUGAAAUUUAGUUGUUUGAACUAUUCCAUUUUGUGGUGCAAUCGGGCCAAUUCGUUAAUGUUAAUUCAGCUCGGAAGCGAUGUGUCUGUCCUGGUGACCGGAGCAAACGCUUCAAAAGUCGCUGAGCAGGUUGCUAAGAUUGCGGGUGUGAAGAAAGUACUGGUUGCUCAAGAUGAUAAACUCAAGAAUAAUCUACCUGAACGCGUCGCACCUGUUGUACUAGCCUCACACAACCAGUUCAAAUUUUCAUCCAUUAUUGCUGGCGCAUCCGCUUUCGGCCGAGGUAUUAUACCGAGAGUUGCAGCGAAACUCGACUGCUCACCCAUCAGUGAAGUUAUCCAGAUUCACUCAGCCGAUACAUUCACACGAACGCAGUAUGCUGGAAAUGCAGUAACGAAGAUCCAGAGUACAGCUCCAGUUAAAGUGAUGACGUGCAGAGGCACAUCUUUCCCACCAGCUGAAGAAGGAGGAAGCGGUGUCGUCGAGAAUGCUCCUGCUGCUGAUGUUAAGACAGACCUCUCCGAGUUUAUCAGUCAGGAGCUUAGCAAGUCAGAACGACCUGAUCUUGCCACAGCUAAAAUUGUCGUCUCGGGUGGUCGAGGAGUGAAGAGCGCUGAGAAUUUCAAGCUUAUCUACGACCUCGCCGACAAACUUGGUGCUGGAGUUGGUGCAUCGCGUGCUGCUGUUGAUGCUGGCUUUGUUCACAACGACAUGCAAGUUGGACAAACAGGAAAGAUUGUCGCUCCUGAGUUGUACAUUGCGAUCGGUAUCUCUGGUGCAAUUCAACAUCUGGCUGGAAUGAAGGAUAGCAAGGUUAUCGUUGCCAUCAAUAAGGACCCUGAUGCACCGAUCUUCCAGGUUUUUGUUGAUCUCUCCAUUCUUGAAAUGGACGUGGGCGAAAAAACAGCUAUCAGUAGAAGCGAGGAUGAACGGGAAGCGAAGAUGAACGAUCUCGGUCUCACUCCGGAAUUAAUAGAAGAAAUUCGAUCAACGAAACAACGCAAUCCAGGAAUGUUUGUUUCCGCAUGGCAAGAGGACGACCAAGGUAUAAUAGAGGGUAAUCUUAGCGAUGCAAAAGAAAAGUUUUUGAAAGAAGCUGAGAAUGGAAACACGGACGCUCUGAAGUCUAUGCUCGAGGACGAUCCCCAACUUUUGUCGUGUUCUGAUGAUGACGGCUACACGGCGUUACAUCGAGCGGCAUACAACAAUCACCUGGAGACUGUUGCAUUUCUACUGGAUCGCGGUUCUGAUGCAGAAGCGAGGACUAAACAGGGUUGGACGCCUCUUCACUCAGCUGCCAAUUGGGGAAAUUAUGAAGUGAUUGGACGGUUAAUUUCUCAUGGUGUUGAUGUGAAUGCCCGUUCUAAUGGAAACGUAACGGCCCUUCACUUAGCCAUCAACAGUCAAUGUGAAAACGCCGAGAACGUCUUCCAUAGCGUUCGAUACCUUCUUCAAGCUCCAGGCAUAGAUAUAGGCGUAGCUAGCGGUGCCGGUGAUACUCCAGUGGAACUCGCUCGACGGACGUCUCCCAUGCUUUACAUGCUUAUAACUGACCAUUUGAAUCGAUAA